AUGGCGAGGGACUUCAGACCAAAGGGCGCCAGGUCGGCGGCCGACAGACCAUCUCAAGGUGGUGGUGCACCCACUGCUGCCGCCUCCUCUCCAGCCGCCAGGACCACAUCAACAAAACAACUCGCCGACCUACCAGCUCCUUCCAAGUCGACACCAAAGAAGGCUGCGACACCUAGCAAGGCCAGCAAGAAGAAAGACGCAUACAAUUCUGAUGACAGCGCCGAUGAGGAAACAUUGCUGCGCGAGAUUGAGAGCUUCGGUGGAUCCAGAGAAGAUCUUGAGCUCAUCUCAAACCUCAACGCCAAGAAGAAGUCGGAUGUUCAGAUUGAUGAGGUUGCCUUUUCCGGACAAGUAGCUGCCUUCUUGAAGCAGCUCCAGACAAACCCUAACUCCUCUCAGCCGCUCGCUUCUCCCUCUUCCACAAAGGCUACACCCGUUAAGAAACAGAGCAAGGAUGCCAAGCCCCUUGCUGAGCAGAGCAAAAAUGCAGAGACCAAGAAGCAGAACACUCAAGAAACCGCCAAGCACAAGUCGAAAGCCAAUGGCAAGUUCAAGGAGACCGGCAAGCAGAGCAAGCAGGCCGAGACAAAGUCGCAGAAGCCACCCAAACAAAACGCACAGAACACAGUCACAGAGAGCACAACUCUACAACGCAUCGCCAAGCGUAAGAAGAUGCUCUUUGACGACAAAGGUGUCGGUAAGGAGUCCAAGAUGAACCCCUCUCUUACCGUCAAGGGGCCAUUACGACUCGGAGCCGUACCAUCGUGGAUGUCGCAAUCUCUUCCCAAGCUUCCUCCCACCAAUGCCACCAACGACUCCCUCUCGCAUGACCGCAUCACUCAGCUCCUCGACAUGGGUGCUGAUCUUCUGCGACAAGAGAGCCGUGCCUACGAUGACAUCACUAGCAGUGAGUCCUCGCUCAACAAGGCUGGUGGUAGCAUCGGCACUCUCACUGCUUCCGAUGCACAAUUCGUUCGUUCGCUUCUCUCCUCAGAAGGCGGUGGCACCCUCUCGGACAGAAUCUCUGCCCUCACUCUCUUGGUCCAGAGCAGCCCCGUCCACAACGUCAAGCAUAUGCACAAUUUGCUCAACAUGGCCCGCAAGAAAAGUCGUCAAGAGGCCAGUCGUGCUACCCGUGCUCUUGCCGAUUGGCUCGCCAGUCAAGGUGGUCUAGGUUCAAGAAAGCUGCGAUACUUUCGUGACCAGCCUGAGCUAGCUGCCGCUUCUGCUGCACUCUCCUCGGGAGAUCUUGUCGCUGCUGAAGCUGCCAAGUCGCAUAUCCUGUUGUGGGCAUUCGAAGACCACCUGAAGAAGUUCUACUUUCAGUUCCUUCAAAUCCUCCAAGUUCAAUCACACGACACUAUCCCAUUCACUCGCAAGCAAGCCACAACUCAGAUCUACAUUCUUCUCCGUGACAAACCAGAGCAGGAACAGAACUUGCUUCGCUUGCUCGUCAACAAGCUCGGUGAUCCAGAACGUAGCGUUGCCUCCAAGACAAGCAAUCACAUCCUCGAGCUCUUGACCGCUCACCCUGCGAUCAAGUUGAUCGUCGUUGGCGAGAUUGCCAAUCUGAUCAUGCGACCCACACCCGUCGCUAGUGUAGAGAAGGAUGCAGAGGCACCGGCGCAGAGCAACCACAGCACACACGCCCGAUACUACGGUCUUCUCACACUCAACCAAACUCUCUUGACGAUCAAAGAUGAGACUACCGCCAACCGGCUGAUCUUGCUCUACUUGGAACUUUUCCAAGAUAUCCUCAAGCAGAACGAGAUCAAACAAGUCAACGGCACUGCAGAAGGCGAAGAGGGCGAGGAAACACGCAGAAAGAAGGACAAGAAGCGAUGGAAGCAUCAACCGCGCAGAGGCAAGGGCAAGAAAGCUAAAGCCAAAGGCAAGCGAGCUCUAAGCACCAUGGUCGAAGAGGCGAAGCUUGUCAAAGAGGCCGAGUCGAAGAUGGUUGUUGCUAUCCUCACUGGUGUUCGUCGAGCUUUUCCCUUUGCCAAGAUGCAAGCUUCUGUGUUUGAGAAGCAUGUUAAUACGAUCUUCAGCAUUUUACACUCGGGAUCGUUCAACAUUUGCAUUCAGGCUUUGCAGCUCAUUUUCCAGCUGACCAUUUGCAACGCUCAGCAGGAAUCUGAGGGUGUGUUUAUAUCCGAGGCUAUUACGGAUCGAUUCUAUCGUGUGCUUUACGAUUCCCUUCUGGAUCCAAGGUUGCAGGAUUCAAGUAAGCAGGCGAUGUAUCUUAAUCUCAUCUUUCAGGCUCUCAAGGCAGAUCAGGAUGCAGAGCGUGUCAAGGCAUUUGUCAAGCGUAUUUGUCAGAUCCUUUCGUUGCAUCAGCCAUCGUUUAUAUGUGGAUGCUUGCAUUUGCUUGGAGAGCUCUUCAAGCGUACGCCUGGGUUAAGAGCGAUGCUUACCGAGCCUGAGGAAGAUGAUCAGGAACACUUCCAAGACGUUGCUUCCAGCGACGAUGAGGACGAGGCUGUUGCGGAAAAGAAGCAGUCUUCCACCCUGACCAAGAAGGAGAUUACAAAGUACGACGGCAGGAAACGGGAAGCUCGAUUCGCAAACGCCGGCACUACGUGCCUUUGGGAGGUGCUUCCACUACUCUCACAUUACCAUCCCUCGGUCUCUGUCCACGCACUCCAACUCGUCGAAGGAGGCAAAAUCACCACCAAUGCCGAUCUCAGCCUCAACACGCUUUCCCAUUUCCUCGAUCGAUUCGUCUACCGCAACCCCAAGCAAAAGUGCUCCCUGCGAGGAGCAAGUGCCAUGCAACCCAUGACACAAGUCGCUUCCGGUGUCACUCGAUCCCGAACUCAUGCUUUGAAGUCGGACGAAUUCUUCAACACGGAAACCUUCUGGAAGAAGCGCGCCGAUUCUAUCCCCGCCGACCAGCUGUUCUUCCACAAGUUCUUCAAUCUCAAAUCUAAGCAGCCAACUGCUGCUAGCAUCCAGACUGGUGCUGACGAUGACUCUAAUGCACUUGCUGGAUCGGAUGAUGAGCAGCUGUCGGCCGGUGCCAAGCAGAUCGAGUUGGAGACAGAUGAGAGCGAUUCCAGUCUGGACAGUGACGAUGAUUCGGAUGAGAAGGAGAUUUGGAAGGUGAUCAAGGCUACUAUGCCUGGUAAGGAGGAAUUAGAGGCCUUUGAUGAUAGUGAUCGAGAGGAUGAUGACGAGUUUGAUUAUGUUGAUAGCGAUCAGGAGGAUGUACCUGCCGCUGAGGGCGAAGAGGAUGAUGAGCAGCAAGAGAGCCAUGCAGAAGGACCGAAUGUCAUGCCCGGCAAGACUUUCUCCGACUCUGAGAAUGAGGACGAGGCUGAUUCUGCUCCUGCCAAAUCUUCCAAAUCCACAAAGGCCGGCAAAGCUGCUGCUGCCACUGCUGACGCUAACGACUGGCAAGACGACGAAUCCGACUCCGGCAACGUCUUUGAAGAGGACGAGGAUGAUCUCCUUCCCUUCGCCGACUUGAACGGCAAGAAGCGCGGUGCUGCUGUAUUCGAUGACCAAGAGCAAGACGAGCUGACAGGUGUAGAUGCCAAGAGACGCAAGAAGCAAGGGGAUAAGAAGAAGAGGAACAAGUCGAUGCAGAACUUGCCCACUUUUGCCAGUGCUGAUGACUAUGCUCAUUUGCUUGGUGCAAGUGAUGACGAGCAUAUGUGA